AUGUCAGAGAUGACCUGCUUCCUCACGUCUGACGAUUCACCAAUCGAAACUGUGCUAUUUCUGAACAAGAUGCUUCUCAUCGUCAGCUCGAUCCUGGCGGUGGCGUCGUCACAUCCACAAGUAACGGUGGAUCAAGGUUUAUUGAAUAACAUUUUUGGUACACCACCCACUACUGCUACUGAACGAACAAAUUUGGAAGACUUCACAGUGAAGCCAACCGAAGGACCGAUCUACUCCCAAGACAAAAAAGGAGUUCCGUGCCAAUGCGUCCCUUAUUAUUUAUGCGAUAAGGAUCGGAAUGGCGUAAAGAUUAACGAUUCAUCCCUCAAUGGUUGGGGAACUCUAGAUAUUAGAUUCGGGACAGACGAUUGCCAAGAAACUGUUGAGCUCUGUUGUACAACGCCCCAGGACCCAGCCGAGGUCCCAGUACCAAAACCAGACCCCAAGAAGCCUUCUGGAUGUGGCUACAGCAACCCAAAAGGCCUAGAUUUCCAAAUCACUGGAGGAAGUGGUUACGAGGCCCAAUUCGGUGAAUUCCCUUGGGUAGUGGCGCUGUUGGACGCUUUGAACGGCAGUUAUGCUGGUGUAGGUGUUCUGAUCCAUCCCCAAGUUGUUAUGACCGCUGCUCACAUUGCUGCUAGAUAUGGUCCAGAUACUCUUAAGAUCCGCGCUGGCGAAUGGGACACACAGACGAACAAGGAAAGACUACAACCUCAGGAGAGAAUCGUCAACCAAAUCAUUGUUAGACAAGGCAAGUUACGAAAAUUCUUAUUAUCCGUAGGAUAG